UUUUUUUUACCGUGGAUGUUGGGAUGCAUGUCGCCAUUCAAACAGCAUCCCACUAGAAGUCACCCUGGCUCUUAUCUGAGGAACAUCAUCAAAAAUUGGACUCUUAAUCAAGAGGACAUGUUCAGGCCAAGCCAAAUGGUGUCCACACUCUUCCCUGCAGUUUUCCAUUCUCCUGCAGCUCACUUUUUCCCUGCGUUCCCAGCCAGGCUGAGCACUCCACCUCAGUUCCUGAUUCCUGGGCCCUUUUUUAGCUAUGAAUCCCUGAGGAAUUAUCUUCAGCCAGAGGCUUGCAAAGAAUCUUUGCUGCUGGCCACACAGGCGGUUGGGAUAGGACCACUAGCUGAGAGCGAAGAUGAACAGAGGCCAGUGAAGCAACGGCGUGCACGAGCCAACUACAGCAGCUGGCAGCUGGAGGAGCUGGAGAAGGCUUUCAAAACAACACACUACCCAGAUGUCUUCAUGAGGGAGGCCCUGGCCCUCAGACUGGAUCUGAUUGAGGCCAGAGUUCAGGUUUGGUUUCAAAACCGUCGAGCCAAGAUGAGGCGGCAGUUAAAAAUCCAGAGCCAGCUCGCUCGGCCUCUCACGAAAGGAGACGACGGCAUAAGUGAGCGGAGAAGCCCAGACCUCACGCAGACAGAAAGUUGCAGCAGCGAGGCUUGGGAGAGACAACAGGAAGGAGAGAUCUACCCAUGGACAAAAGCGCCGGCUUCUGUGCCGAGCGUACGGAAGCAGCCCGUGACCCUGAGGUUGGGGAAGUGGGAGAGGCCGGAGGGGCACAGCUCAGAGGAGCUCCGCUCCUGCAGCAUCGCCAAGCUGCGGGCCAAAGCCAGAGAGCAUGAGGCCGAGAUCCAUAACACUGUAAACAUGUCAGGCAGUGACUUACAGGCACAAACACAGGAAACCGAUGUCAUUCCCAGUGACUAACAAUGUUCCUUCUUCCUGUUUAUACAGAAAAAAAACUCUGGACACCAUCAGUGUACUGAACUUUUUGAACUUCUUGGCAAACAUGUCGUCACUUUGCCUUAAAUAACAGACCAUUGACUAAAUAGCUUAUAUUUAAUGUAUAAUUUCUACGAAAUCAUUACUUAUCAGAUAUUUUAUCAUACAACAUGUUUAAAUUUUAUUUUCUUUUUUUACUCUUAAUUCAUGUAAAAAAUGCAUUUAACCUUUAUUAACUUUGUGCAUAAAUUUAUACUAAAAAUAACUUAUAAAAUAAGUAUAUUUUUGCUCAGAAAGAUUUGAAUGUAUCCAUAUUUUCUUGUUAAAAUUCUUCUUUUGACAUUCAUUUCCUAAAAACACAUUGAAUGAUAAUGAAUAAAGUAUACAUUUUAACUCCCUAUAAUUAAUCGCCAAAUAAGAUAGUUUUUAAUUAUUUUGCAUUUGACGACUAACUCCAUUAAAAAUGCAAAGCAACCC